AUGAGGUGGGAUUAGGUGGUCCUAGGUGUUCUGGUGGGCUUAAUCUGGACGAGAAGAAACAGUGAAUGGCUUAGUAAGAAGCUCUGAGGAGCAGCUACAGCUCAGGACACCCCAAAGUUCCUCCUAGCCUCACUGUAGGAGGAGCAGCAGCAUCAGUGAGGGGGAGAGAGAGAAAAGCACCACGUCACUUCUGCCAAAGUUGGAGGGAGAGGAGCAGCUCGGCGCCUUCUUUGGUGAGAUCUCGAGAAGAUCAGCUUCGUGGAGAAGAUGCAGACCGGAUUUCGGUUCAACUUGAGCCCCGUGAAGGAGCCGCUGGGCUUCAUAAAAAUUGUGGAGUGGCUCACAGCGAUGUUCGCCUUUGGAAACUGCGGCGGAUACUCCGGCAAGAACGUCAUCUCCCUGUUCUGCGGUUCCGGCAGCAACGAAACUCUGGGUGCUACGUUUUCGUACCCAUUCAGGUUAAACAAGGUGCGCCUGGUUGUAGAGAACACCACUCUGUGUAACCAGACGGUGUCCGAGACGCACCUGGUGGGCGACGCUUCGUCCGCGGCCGAGUUUUUCGUGGCCGUUGCCGUCCUGGCGUUCCUCUACUGCAUGGCGGCUCUGCUGGUUUACGUCGGCUACAUGCACGUUUACCGGAACUCAGACUUUGGCCCAAUGUUCGAUUUCGUGGUGACGGGUGCGUUUGUGUUCAUGUGGCUGGUGUGUUCGUCGGCCUGGGCGCGAGGGCUGCUGCUGGUGAAGUAUACCACGGGCACAGAGGGCAUCGUCUUCACUCUGCUGCCAUGCAGGGAGGGCAGCAUCACCUGUGAGGUCACCGAGUUUGCCAGCAUGCGCACACUUAACAUAUCAGUGGUGUUCGGCUUCCUGAACAUGAUCGUGUGGGCUGGAAACGCCUGGUUUGUUUAUAAGGAGACAAGCUGGCACUCGCAGAAGGUCAACUCUCAACAAGCAGCGAGCCGUAGUCCAGGCCCCGCCCCCAUCUAGACGUGUCUCCUAGGCAACCGCCUCAUCACUCCCAUCCACAACUACAAGGAAAAGUCUUGUGUUCCACAGGUGACCUGUGAAGGCAGCGUGAGGAACCUUUCUGAAGCCAUAUUCGCUCUUCUCCACUCUUUCGCUUUAGGGCUGAUUUGUUGACAGGCAGAUCAGCUGAAUGGCUGAAUGUGUUUAUUAUUUUGUUUUAAGCAGCAGGAAACAAAAGACAUCAGCUUUAUCUGCUCUUUACCCAAAGCUCACUCUUUACAGGCCAAAUGAAGCCACUGAUUUGAAACACGUAGGCCGGUCAGUACAGCGCGAAGGUUUUAGGCACCUGAGAAUAUUUGAAAAAGCUGUUUAUCUGCUCAGUAAACUUUCAUUUGUUCAGGAAAAUACUAACAAUAUAAGAAAUAUAAAUAACAUUAAUAAGUAGGGUGUUGGUGUCACAUUUCUCCCUCUCUCCUCGAGGAAGCUCAGUGUUAUUUGUAGUUAUCAUCCAAUACCUGCCUAUUCUAAUCAACAGUGUUGUAGUCAUAUAUAUAUAUAUAUAUAUCUAUAUAUAUAUAUAUAUAUAUAUGUAUAUAUUUAUAUAUAAAGUAUUAUUAUAUUAUAGCCUUAGACUUGGUAAUUCUCUUAGGUUACUGGUGAUGUUAUUAUCUGCUCCUUUCUUCUCUAAAACCUUUUCAGAAUCACCACCAAGUCAAAUGGACAUAAACUAAAUUUACGAUCUUGAGACCAGACUUGAAGAUUACAGCACUACUAAUCAAUACUUUAUUAUGUUACAUCAGGAGCUGCUGAUGGAAUUUAAUGAAUCGAUAUGAUGCAGGCAGAAAAAUCUAGAACCAAACUGUGUUCGUCAAUCUACACUCUUUAUUACAUCUAAACACAGUGACUAUGAAUCAAAACACAGUGACUAAGAAUCAAAACACAAUGAAUACGAAUCUAAACACAGGGAAUACGAAUCUGAACACAGUGACUACGAAUCUAAACACAGUUAAUACGAAUCUAAACACAGUGACUACGAAUCUAAACACAGUGACUACGAAUCAAAACACAGUGACUACGAAUCAAAACACAGUGACUACGAAUCUGAACACAGUGACUACGAAUCUGAACACAGUGACUACGAAUCUGAACACAGUGAAUACAAAUAUAAACACAGUGAAUACAAAUCUGAACACAGUGACUACGAAUCAAAACACAGGGAAUACGAAUCUAAACACAGUUAAUACGAAUCUAAACACAGUGAAUACGAAUC